AUAAAAAAAGGAAUUAAUUUUUAAAAGGAGGGAAAAAAGAACUUCUAUCAAUGUGUGAUAAGAGUUUACACAUUUCCAAGGAAACAUUUAGAUUUAGAGGCGCUAAUUUGUACUGUUGCGCAAAGCAUAUGCAACUUCUCAACAUAGCCAGUUUGGAGACAAAAUUGUGCUUGUCCAAACAGCUGAAUCUUAGCGCAUCAGAGCAAUUUUGGACUUCAGGCAGGGCGGACAAUUGCAAUAAAACAUAUGCGUGGUGCGGAUCUGGUGAAAAAGAGGAGAUCAAUUUCGAUAUUCUUGGCUGGAAGAAACCUGAAUCUUCUGCUGGAAGAGGAUGCAUUGUAGCCAAUUUUGAAAAAACUGGGAACUUCACAGAAAUAAAGGCGAAGUACGAAGAUUGCCAAACAAAAAAUAAAUACAGAGUCAUCUGCGAGGUGAAACCUUUAUGCCUUAUUACAAACACAAAUAAUUUAGAAACCCUACAGCGCGAUCCUCCAUCAAAGUGUACCAACACACGAUGUCCAAUGUUGAGAUGCGAGGAAGAAAAACAGCAAACCACGGGAAUUGAUGUCACUCGCCUCUCGAACGUAAAGGUUUGGAAAUCAAAGGGAAAAGAAAUUAGAGCAGACCUCAAUAAGUUAUCAUACUACACUUUUCAAAAAUAUGGGUGCGCAGCCAAUUUCCCAAUGCUUUCUUUGGAAUCCAAGAAAAAAAUGGAUUUUGUUAUUAAGUUAAUUAGAAGUGAACCGGCAAAGCUGCCUUUUGGAAAAUACUUUCUCUCAGCAGUCUCUAUCGGCUGUCCGUCUGUGAUAAGGUGGUGCAACUGGAAGGACAACCCCUUGCUGGAGAAUGAUAGCUACCUAUCUUGGUAUAAAGGGGAACCCUCGGCCGACCCUACCAAAGAAUGCGUUGCAGUAGAUUACUCAGACACACCACCCUAUUUUACACUCUUUAAAGUUGAAUGUAAUGCAGCGGGAAUCAGUAAUUUAGCAGAAUCGAGUGAAAACUGCACAAAAACCUCUUGUUUCUAUCUAAAAGGACUCUAA